AUGAACUAUAACAGUUCCACUUGCGUUCCAAAGACCGUCUCGGAGUCAGACAAUACAUCUUCAAAACCUACCCGACCAUGGCUGGGCAGACUGUCCAUUGAAGAAGGUGGCAUAGAGCGAGUGACUGACGAAGAAAGUCUGCAAAAUACAACCAAGUUCUGGAACGCUGCGACCUUCUGGUUCAGCGCAAACAUGGCCGUAGCCACCCUCAACAUUGGCUCACUAGGAGGCUCUCUCGGCCUCUCAUUCUGGGAUUGUUUCAUCAUUAUUCUAGUCGUCAAUAUUACAAGUGAUCUACUACCAGCUUGGACGGCGGUCUUUGGUCUUACAGGACUACGCAUGACCACAUUUUCCCGCUACUCCUUCGGUUAUUGGGGUAACAUGCUUGUAGUGAUAUUUUCCAUGAUUGCCACAACAGGCUGGAACGCCAUCAACUCCAUCUCUGGCGCGGCAGUUUUGCAUGCGCUCUCAGACGGUACAUUCCCUGUAUGGGCAGGUGUAAUCGUGAUAUGCGUGGCUGUGUGGGUGAUCUGCGUGUUGGGCAUCAGCUGGAUUCAUAGGCUUGAUACCUUCAUCUGGAUCCCACCUCUGGUUGUCUGGUGUGUCGCCGCUGGAACGGGCGCAUCGCAGCUGACUGGAAAAGAUCAUGUUGGUCUGAAGGGCCCCGAUAAAGCUGCCGCCGUGCUUACCUACAUGGCGUCGAUUUUCUCGUUCUCAGUUUCUUGGGUAAACUGUGCUGCUGAUUACAACGUGCGGAUGCCUAAAGGGACGCCGCGUUGGCAUAUCUUUAGUGCUACUUAUGUAGGGAUUUUUGUUCCUACUGUUCUUGUUCAGACGCUUGGAGCGGCGUUGUAUACGGGAACUGUGACGAAUCCAGCUUGGAAAGACGCGUAUACGGAGUCCUCGAUUGGUGGAUUGCUUAAAAUGGCACUUGAGCCGGCCGGCGGGUUUGGCAAAUUCCUGAUGGUUCUAGCAGCAUUGAGCUCAAUCCCUAACAACAUCCCUAACAAUUAUUCCUUUGCGCUCCAUGCGCAGAAUUUGGGACCAUGGGCCAUGCGCAUCCCGCGAGUGGUUAUGGUGACGUUCGGAUUUGUUGCAGCCAUAGUUAUUGGCUGCUGCGCGGCUAAAUAUUUCGCUGAUGCAUUGCAGACACUGUUGAGUGUGAUAGGGUACUGGACCGUGAUCCACAUCACAAUCGUGAUGGAAGAACAUUUCAUCUUCCGCCGUGGAUGGAGCGGAUAUGAUCUUAAUGCGUGGAACAGCAUGACUGAAUUGCCAUUUGGAUGGGCGGCAAUUGGUGCCUUCGGAUUCGGCUUUUUAGGCGCUGCUCUCGGCAUGAAGACCGCAUGGUAUUCAGGGCCUAUCGCCGCCUUGGUUGGCACGAAAGGCGCAAAUAUAGGCCAUGAGUUGACAUUUGCCUUUUCCGGGGUCACGUUCCCCCUGUUUCGAUGGGCAGAAAAGCGUAUCGGAGGGAGAUAG